UCUCAGUUCAUUGUGAAAUCCAAACGAAUCAAGUACCAAACUGAAUCGGAAAUGCAUUUCUUUCUAGUCUUACUAUUGUCCAUAUCAGUGUUCGCUGAAACAAAAAGACUAACAGUGGAAGAAGCUUUGGCACGAGUUAAUCGCCCACCAGCAGCCUUGCAGAGUUUCAUUGCUAGAAAAACGAAUGGUCUCAAUCCGAGUCAUGAGAGCAAGAACAGAACCAGAAUCGUUGGGGGAACUGCCGCAACAAUUGAAGAGUUUCCUUACCAAGUGGCAGUACUGUACUCAACUUACCAGAUGUGUGGUGGUUCGAUAAUUUCGCACUCAUGGGUUCUCACAGCGGCGCACUGUCUCGCUUGGUAUCCUUUGAACUCGCAUAUAACAAUUCGUUCUGGUAGCUCGUCCCAUUCAAGCGGAGGGAUUGUUCAUCCGAUAUACUUCUACCAUAUCCAUGAGUUGUACGAUCCGCAAUUGUUCCCUUACGAUGUGGCAACCAUUCGGGUGAAAACGCCGUUUAGUGGUGGUGCAUCACGAGCUAUCAUUCCGUUAGCCAACUCCGAAUGGGUCGAAGGACCGGAUGUGAUAAUCGCUGGCUGGGGCGAGGACAGUAAUGGUGAUGAACCCGAUAAAUUGUUGAAGGUAGCACUGCCAGUUGUCAGUCGAGCUAAAUGCAAUCUUCUAUGGGAAAAAUUGGUAACAGACGUUAUGAUUUGUGCCGGUGCAAAGGACAUCAACCCAUGUAGCGGAGAUAGUGGAGGGCCAGCCGUACAAAACGGUGUUCAGCACGGAAUUGUGUCCUGGGGAUCAGUAGACUGCGAAGAUGGGAUGCCUUCGGUCUAUACUAACAUAGCCCAUCCGUCGAUUAGAAACUUCAUCAAGCGUACUACGGGGGUGUUUUUGGCUGAAACACAAAGACUAACCGUAGAAGAAGCGUUGGCUCGAGUUACUCAACCGCCAGCGGCUCUACGUAGCAAGAUUGCCAGCCUAACGAAUAGUGUCUACAACCAAAGCCAGUAUAAAAACAACCAGGAUCGGACCAGAAUUGUCGGAGGCACCGUUACAAGUAUUAAAGAUUAUCCGUACCAGGUCGCCCUACUGUACCAGUCUCAACAGAUUUGCGGUGGUUCGAUCAUCUCACGCUCAUGGGUUCUCACGGCAGCUCAUUGCCUCGCCUGGUAUCCUUGGGUUUCCGAUGUAUCAAUUCGUUCGGGUAGCUCGUCACGGUCAAGCGGUGGAACUGUUCAUGCCGUACACCACUACAAUAUCCAUGACCAGUAUGACCCGGAUGAACUCUCACAUGAUGUGGCAACUAUUCGAGUGAAACUACCGUUUAUUGGAUCCUCGCGUGCAGUCGUCCCGCUAGCCAACGCAGAGUGGAGAGAAGGAACGGAAGUGAUAGUCACUGGCUGGGGUGUGAACGGUUUUGGACAAACUCCAGAUAACUUGCUGAAGGUGGCACUGCCCGUUGUCAGUCGGUCGGAUUGCAACAGUAUAUGGACCGGAAUGGUAUCAGAUGAUAUGAUUUGCGCCGGUAAAUGGUUCAUUAACCCGUGCAACGGAGACAGCGGUGGUCCAGCCGUCCAGGAAGGUGUACAACACGGAAUCGUGUCCUGGGGAUCCUACAUCUGUGCAGGUGGAAUGCCUUCCGUGUAUACUAACAUUGCUAAUCCGUCAAUCAGACAGUUCAUCAUGGAAACGGCAGGAAUUUAAAAUGCAAAAUGUAACAAUGAGUUUCCAUUUUCUUAGGUUACCAGAAAAGUUUGCUAUGAGUCCAGAUAAUACAAUGUAAUACUAUGCACAAUAAAAAUAGCCAAUUUAUUUUCA